UUGACAUUUAAAAAUUAAUGUCUAGAACACACAAAAUGCUAAAAAACAUCUCUCCUUGGGUAAAAGUUUUGAACGGAACCAAAUUUCUGCGCCUCGAACGGACCAUUUGGACCGACGUUCCGCAUCAGAAGAAGAAAGACGCUAAACCAGCAAAGGAUGCGAAAUCAGCGAAAGAUGGGAAAAAGUCGGGGGACGAAGAAUGUAAAGACGACACUAAAAAGAAAGAAGAAAAGAAAGCCAAAUUGAAAAAUUUUCUUAUUUACCGCUUCACCAAAGAAGGCGGAAAGCAACCCCGCAUGGACAAAUACACCGUGGAUUUGAACGAUUGCGGCCCCAUGGUUCUCGACGCCCUCUUGAAGAUAAAAAGAGACGACGACUCCACCCUCACGUUCCGUCGCUCGUGUCGCGAAGGAGUGUGUGGUUGUUGCGCCAUAAACAUCGAUGGGCGCAACGGUCUUGCGUGCAUCACCAGGAUUAAUAAAAGCGACACCUCGAAAAUCUAUCCGUUGCCUCAUAUGUAUGUGAUCAAAGAUUUGAUCGUCGACUUCACGCACUUCCUCAACCAACACCGAAGAAUCAAACCGUACCUGAUAAGAGACCACUCGGAACCUAUGGGUCAGAAGCAGUACCUGCAAAGUCUGAAAGACCGGGAGAAAUUGGACGGCUACAUCGAGUGCAUUCUUUGCGCUUGCUGCUCUACGUCGUGUCCCGAAUACUGGUGGCACGGCCACAACCCCGAUCACGACUUCCUGGGGCCCGCGUCUUUGUUGGCAGCCGACAGGUGGAUCAGAGACUCCCGGGAUCAAGGGACAGACUGCAGGCUUGCCGCCCUUCGGGACUACUUCAGCGUGUACAGAUGCCACUCCAUCUUCAACUGCACGAGAUGCUGUCCCAAACACUUGAAUCCGGCGAGGGCCAUAUCACACCUAAGGCUGAAACUAGCCGGGAAGAUGAAGAAACCCAAACCCGAAAUAGGAGGCAUGGGUUGAAAAUUUUUGUAAAACGACAGACAUAUUAAAUAUGU